AAGCACAUAAGCGCCGCUAUUCAAUUGGAUCACGCAACGUGCUCCAAAAGGGGAGACUUGGCUUUAGAUAUGCUCUCUCUUGAAGAUGCCUUGCUGGGAUUUCCAAGCUCACCGGCGUUGGUGCUCCGAAUGCCAGUGUCUUCUGCAGUUAUAUACGCAACUGGCGAAACGAUCGUGCUUCUGGAUGCGUCAACCCUUCGCUUGCUCCGCACACUCACACUCAAGGAAGCAUUUCCCGCUGCCCAUAAUGUACCUAUCACUGUCCUUGAUGUGGAGAAUCAUGCUCGAUACGUCCUCGGCGUAUCCCAAACACACGUAGCUGUAUGGGAGUUCUCGGAUAGUUUAUCUAGCAGAGUGCAUUCUGCAUUCACCAAUUCCGAACCCGUUACAUGCGCUCACAUUAAGCGAGAUCACAUUGCUAUUGGACACAGUGGAGGGGUUGCGUUGAAAAGGCUAGAAACAUCCCGCGAGGUACCUAUUUGGAUCACGCUGUGGACACAACCCGCUCCUACACCCCAUUGUGUGUCACUCUCCCCUUCGUUGACGUUUGUUGCGUCUGCCUCAAAUGCAAAUAGGUCUGUUCACGUCCUCUCUGUAAAGAGCCCCAACAAGACCCAGGUUAUCAAGCAUCCACACCCUGUCCUUGGCUUACAGUGGCGAGAACCCCGAGGAAGAUACUCGGAAGAGAGGUGUCUUUAUACCUUCACAUCUGACUCCGUCCUGCGCGUCUUUGCUCCAGUGAUUGACGUCCCCAAUCGACUACAGUUACAGGCUGCUCUUGACCGCUGGUGCUUUACAGAUGAUGAUGGGUAUGGCUAUGGUGACACGGAGGAGCAAUCACUGAGCCAGUCCGGUACCCGCGAUGUUCCCUUCAUCUUUCCUCUGGACCGGGACGUGUUGUGCCGGGUUCUGCCUCCGAUGGGAGCCGAGCCGAUGGUUGCAGAGGAAGAGAAAGGAGGAUUAAGAAAAUUGAAGGAGUUGGCAGAAGAUGAUUGGGAGCUAUUUGGUUUCGUCAGUUUGGAUGGCACUCUGACGGUUAAAGCCCUCAUUAACUUGGACAAGCGGCCGCCUACACUGCUACAAAACUUCACUAUGCUCAAAAUACGCGACAGAGCUCUGGAUCCGUCUCAGCAACUAUUUUUGGCACCGUCUCCAGAUCCUUCCAGGGCAUUGCUUUUAUCGUCUUUCCCUCUACGUUCGUACGAGCUGUUGCCUCUCCCUUUUGUCGAUGGUGAAAAAGGCUCAAUGCGGCGAAUUGCUUGUGGGCGGAAGGCAACAGCCAAAAGUACGCGUCCAGUGGUUGGUUUUGUAAGGACACCAGAUGGCUCCGCUAUUGCAUCCCGGAGGGGUGGAGGAGGAGAAAUAUAUCUGCGGGACAGGAAGGGAAGGCUAGCACCGACCGGAGCGUGGGACGACGAAGGGACCAUCGCGUUGUUUGAUGGUGGCUCUAGCAUAGCAAUUUAUCAUAACUCAGUCUUGACAGUGCACAUCUUCUCCAAAGGCUCAACCAACAUCCAGGAGACUUUAACCAUCGAUUACACAGCUCCAUCCGAGCCAUCCUUAAUUACUUUGCCGUCUCAUUCGUCGAUUACGCCCAUCCUCAGCAUCACACCCACCUUGAUAGCCACAUUCCACCUACAUAAAGGCAUAACUUCUAGCCUGUGGCUCCACUCAAUAACUUCCUUACCCCUUCCAUCUCAUCCCAACUUCAUCCUACCCGUGGACCCUAUGGCUUGGGCCCACGAGCUACCCACGGGCCAUUCUGUUUCACUUUCCUCACCCGAACUGUCACCCACUAUUCCCCUCGCGCCAAGCCUUGCUGACUCAGAGACUGACCAUAAACAUGACGCGUUGGUAAGCGUAAUGGACGGAAGUCUCGCAUUUUGGACACCAGACAGGGAGGAUCCUAGCGGCUGGAGAUGUACUGGGUCUGUCAAUACAUAUAGAAAACAAAUUCGGAUGGCUCGAUGCAGCUCUGCUAAGAAAACUGCAAUAAUAUCAGUCGAAUCAAGUUCGGAGACCUUAACCAUUUGGGAUUCAAAGGAGUCCGAAUUCUCUUCAGGCUUAGAAUUUAGUCAGACCUUUGGAGAAGCUGUGAACGACCUCGAUUGGACAUCAACCGACUCCCAGGAGGCUCAUUCUAUUCUGGCUGUCGGUUUUUCACAACGAGUCGUACUAUUGGGCCAGCAGCGCAUGACAUAUUUUGACCAGGAGCCAUGGAGGAUUAUCGCCGAGAUAGACAUUCGUCAAUACACGUCAUACCCGAUCAAAGACUCGAUAUGGUUUGCGGGCGGUUCCUUAGUAAUAGGUGCUGGUCAUCAAGUUCUUCAGUAUGGAAGCACGAUCGGUGCCAUGGGGGAUUCAGCCGAUAAGCCCUUAUCGCUUUUUGCGCAGGUUGCUCGUCAGAAUGGCCCACUUCCUGACUAUCACCCCCAAAACCUCCUACAAUGUUUGCUCUGGGAUAAGUUAGAAUUGGUCGAGCGCAUCCUUGUCAUGCUUGCUGCCGCCUUAGAAGCAUCGCGCGCCCCGGGUGGCACCUUCGUUUGGUCUCAGUUUUGCGUCUCAGAAUACACAGAUCCUAGCACAAAGCACGGCGCCGUAACUCAGAAGAAGUCUCAGCACUCUUAUCUGUUCAGCAAUGAAGUAGAGGAGUCUGACAAUUCGGUCACUACUUUUGGUCCGGCCUUAGUCUCUAAGCUUAUUUCUCGACUAAAAGAAUCACCGUUGCCUGACCUCAGCCCCAACGAGAUGGCGCACCUGACUGUCUUGAUCCAAACUACUCUAGAGGUGGAACAACAAAAGAGAUCCUUGGAUGCCAAUGGUCUUCGGUACCUCCUAUCUAUGCGCUCAUUCUACAUUAUCAACUCCGGGCAUGUCAAUACCAACACAGGCAAAUCUGUCCAAUUCAAUCUGCGAACCAUUGGUGUGCGACAGCGUAUUCGCUAUCGGGACAUAUUAUGGGCCUAUUUAAGUGAAAGUCAAGAGAUUCUGCUUGAUGCUUCCACUACCGCUGAUGCUCGGGCAUUAGGAGUGUUCCUUUGGUUAAACUCCACCGAGACAAUAAAAUCUCAAGCUGAAGUCGUGGCACGCAACCAAUAUAUGGCUGGAGAAAACCGCGACCCAACUUCAUGCUGUUUGUUCUACUUUGCACUUCGGAAAGUGAAGCUCGUCCAUGGGCUUUGGAAACGGGCUACCUGGCACCCUGAGCAGCAGCUCAUGCUCAAGUUCCUGUCGAAUGACUUUGAUAACCCACGAUGGAGGACAGCCGCCCUCAAGAACGCAUUCGCUUUAAUUAGUAAGCAGCGGUAUGAGUAUGCUGCUGCGUUCUUCCUGCUAGGACGAAGUCUUCAGGAUGCCGUAGCCAUUUGCAUCAAACAACUUCAGGACUUUCAACUAGCCGUGGCUCUUGCUCGAAUAGUUGAGGAUGGUGAUGAUGGUCCUGUGCUGAAAGAUAUUCUUGCCAAUACUGUGUUACCGAUAGCUUUGAAAGAAGGAAACCGCUGGCUCGCUUGCUGGGCGUUCUGGAUCUUAAAGCGACGAGAUUUGUCCCUUAGGGUGUUGCUGACACCUCUCGAAAACAUCGCGGCAAGCUUCGACAUUACAGUGGCAGAGAUUGGGAAUCCACAUUACGAUGACCCGAGUCUUGCAUUGUUGUUUUUGCAGCUGAAACAUAAAUCUCUUCAAACGGCUAAGGGAUUUAGUGAGAUUUCAGGAAGAACGGAAUUCAAUUUCGUGCUGCAGAUGGCUCGAGUUUUUUGUCGUAUGGGAUGUCACUCUCUCGCUUUGGAACUCGUGUCGCAUUGGCAAUUCACCCACAUUAGGCCGCCAAAGAAUUCCAUGGAAACAGCAUCGAAGGACCGCAUCGCGGACGAAGCUAGUAGGAACCGCCCCAGCUCUUCUCCAUCAGUCACCCGGCAUCCUCUAGGAGGAUCACUCCGAGCCAGGCGAUCUUCAAUACUCAUCGACAUGGAGAUUCCAAGCCUUCCGGCAACCCGCCCAACAUCGCCUGGUCCAGCCCCUCUAAGAGCUGUGCCAGAGCACCUGGUGCCUCAAUCCCCACACAGAGAUGGAAGUGAAGCUGAUAUCGAGGCAAAACGUACUGGACUCGGCAGUUUGAUGAGAAGUGCAAGGAAGGACGUUACGAUUCCAGAAUUUGAUAUGAAUGCAUUUUUCUAGGAAUUAUGUGGCCUCGGUUCGCAGAACUCAUUUGUUGAUUAAUUGUAGCCCCAGCGAGACGUUGCUGAGCAGAAGAAAGAAGGCACGGAGGCCCUGGCAUCGUGGGGACGGUCCAUUCCUAGCGGUUGCACUACUGGACAUCUUUAACACCAUCGAAGAAACCCUCGGGGGGUUAUGGCGACAAAAUUGUCGUGAAUGCAUCUCGGACGUUAGGUGAGGUGUGCUGCUGGCAUAG